CUACUCUCCACGCUCGCAGCAGCGAGACGCUCUUCUGUGGGUCUCUGCUGGUACAGCGACGCCCUGGGACAGUAGCAUUGUUUUCUCAGUAACGCCAAGAGGAUCGGGAAAGUUUUAAGACACAGAAAACAUGGUGAACCAAAGAGCAGACAUCGGAUGGCAGUCAUUAAAGAGUGACUCAAGCGGGGCCAGUAACAGUGGAGAGAGCUCUAAGGAGAGCUCCAGGUGCUCCACCCCGGUACUGGAUGGUGACCGUUCUGACCGCCUGCGGGACAAGAUGAAACGGCGGAUCGAGUCUGGGGACCGCUGGUUCUCACUUGAGUUCUUCCCCCCUCGCACAGCCUCUGGAGCCGUCAAUCUCAUCUCUAGAUUUGACCGCAUGGGUUCUGGCGGUCCUCUCUUCAUUGACAUCACCUGGCACCCCGCUGGAGAUCCUGGCUCAGACAAAGAAACAUCUUCCAUGAUGAUAGCGAGCACAGCAGUCAAUUACUGCGGCCUGGAGAGCAUCCUGCAUUUGACAUGUUGCAAUCAAACAAAAGAGAAGAUCACAACACAUUUAAACAAAGCCAAACGGCUCGGCUUAAAGAACAUCAUGGCUCUGAGGGGAGAUCCUGUUGGUGAAGACUGGGUGGAAGAAGACGGAGGUUUCAACUAUGCCACAGAUCUGGUCAAACACAUUCGCUGUGAAUUUGAUGACUACUUUGAUAUCUGUGUUGCAGGUUACCCCACAGGCCAUCCUGAAGCAGAGAGCUAUGAAGAAGACCUCAGGCACCUGAAGGAGAAGGUUGAUGCAGGUGCACACUUUAUAGUCACUCAGCUCUUCUUUAGAGCAGAGACCUUCCUUAAGUUCGUCAAAGACUGUCGGGCCAAUGGCAUCACCUGCCCCAUUCUGCCAGGCAUCUUCCCCAUCCAGGGCUAUCACUCUUUGCGCCAGCUGGUCAAACUGUCCAAAUUGGAAGUGCCGGAGGAGAUCACGCAGGUCGUUGAGGCUAUUAAAGAUAAUGAUGCCGCCAUCAGGAACUACGGCAUCCAGCAGGCGGUGGACAUGUGCAAGGUUCUGCUGAACAGCGGAGAGGUGCCGGGACUCCACUUUUACACACUCAACAGAGAGGUGGCCACCAUGGAGGUGCUCAGACAGCUGGGUUUAUGGGCAGAAGAUCCACGGCGACCUCUGCCCUGGGCCAUCAGUGCUCAUCCGAAGCGCAAGGUAGAAGAUGUCAGGCCGAUCUUUUGGGCUUCACGGCCUAAGAGCUACAUCUACAGAACACAGGACUGGGACGAUUUCCCCAACGGAAGAUGGGGUAACUCCUCUUCACCUGCGUUUGGCGAGCUGACAGACUAUUACCUGUUCUACCUGAAGAGUAAGUCUCCUAAAGAAGCCCUGCUGCAGAUGUGGGGGGAGGAACAAACCAGUGAGGAGAGUGUUUAUGAAGUCUUUACUAACUACAUUACAGGCCAACCCAACUGCAAUGGACACAAGGUGAUGUGUCUGCCAUGGAACGAUGAUCCUUUGGCUCCAGAGACCAAUCUGUUAAAGGAUGAGCUGGAGAAGGUGAACCGCAGAGGUGUACUCACCAUUAACUCUCAGCCCAACAUUAACGGCAAAGCCUCCUCCGACCCCAUCGUGGGCUGGGGCCCUGCAGGAGGAUAUGUCUUUCAGAAGGCAUACCUGGAGUUUUUCACAUCAAAUGAGAAUGUUACUGCGCUUCUGCAAGUGUUAAAGAAAUAUGAACCUCGUGUGAACUACCAUAUUGUCAAUGUGCAGGGCAGGAAUAUUACGAACGCUCAUGACAUGCAGCCCAACGCUGUGACGUGGGGGAUUUUUCCUGGACGGGAAAUUGUUCAGCCCACUGUGGUGGAUCCAGUGAGCUUCAUGUACUGGAAGGACGAGGCGUUUGCGCUGUGGAUUGAACAGUGGGCAAAGCUGUACGAGGACGAGUCGCCUUCCCGUAUGAUCAUUCAGUACAUCCACGACAACUACUUCCUCGUCAACCUCGUGGACAAUGACUUUCCUCUGGACAACUGCCUGUGGCAGGUCAUUGAAGACAUGUUUGCUCUGCUGGACUCGCCUCAAGAAACUCUGGACGAGGGAAGCAGAUUGUAGCAUAGCAGUACAGAAAAGUCUGUCAGCGCUGCAGUUUGAUCCAGAGACCUCAACUUGCAAACACACAGUACUUUACUGUAAUGACACACAAUAUAGACAGAUGUGUUUUUCAGAGCACUAUAUGAGACAAUGAACUUUAAUUGACCAUUAAAGGAAUAGUUUACCCAAAAAUGACAAUUCUGUCAUCAUAUACUCACCAUCAUGAUGUUCCAAGCCUGAAUGACUGUUGCACACAAAAAGAGAAAUUUAGAAGAAUUAAUUGGUCAUUCAAUGCAGUUGCAAAGAAUGCAAAUGCACAAUGAAAGUAGUCAAAAUGACUUGAAUUUCAAGUGUUCUGAAGCCAUACCAUAUACGAAACCAAAAUUUAAGUCGUUAUUCACUGAAAAUGUUUAUAUCUGUCCAUGCCCGUGUUGCAUGGAAGAAAGAAAGUCAUGAGUGUUUGGAACAGCAUGAGGUUGAGUAAAAUAUGACAGAAUGUUUUGGUGAUGUAUUGCUUAUGAAGGCAAUAUAGUUUUUUUUUUUUUACAUUACAGUUGUAGCAAUAUGAUUUGAAUUCACACUACACAAAAGAUUAUUUGCCUUAAUAUGUGAUGGAAGUUGAAUUGGCAGAGGCUACUUCGGAUGCAAUUUCUUAUUUUUUAAGCUAUUUUUAAACUAUUUAUCGAACCUAUUCUGGAUACUGCAUAUGUUCAGUAUAUGACUGUAAAAGCAAGAAACUGCCUGCUGUAUGUAUGGCAGGUGAAAUGUGUGGACCCAAAAUACAGUACAUGCAUACUGUACUUCACUAAGACUAUAGGUGAAUGUGUAAAAAAAACACAAAAAAAAAAAAUUAUUUUUUUUUUAUUUUUGCAUAAAAAAAUGCCAAUUUUAGGACCAUUAAUUUCCCCAAAAUUAUCAUUACUGUAACACCGAUGUUUUACUUUUGUGUAUGUCAUUUCCGUUUUCAAUUAUGGAGGCCAGGUAUAAUUUGCAUUAUGAGAUUAAUGAGAUUCACCCUUAUGGUAUUUUACUGUCAUGAGAGAACUGCUAGCAGAGGAAUAAUUGGCUGCAUGAUGACUGGGGCAAUUUGUGAUUACUAUUGAAAUCAAUAAAAGAUGCAUGUUGUGCCCUUAUUUUUUAUGGCUCUUUUUCCUAUGUGGCCUUUUUCUCUUUUUACUAGUAGUCUGAGCAUUUGUAUUCUGCUGGCAAUAUAUAGCUCAAUAAACCAUGUUUUCC